AUGGUCAGAACCAACGACAUGGGUGAGGCUGGUCCUGUCUCAACCCGGCAAGAGAUGGACAAUGCCGGUCUAUCACCGCAAGAAGAGAGCCUUCUGAACCAGCAUGGGAUCAUCAUUGAGGAGGUUCAGGAAUCAGACACAGACAAUAACUCGGGCAGUCGCAGCAACACACUACAGCCCGAUGAAAUCUUGACUGCCGAAUCGGAGCAGGGCCAGCCUCAACACCAUGUCGCUAAAAAGACCACUGUGAUUUCUGCAUUCGGGUCUCUGGAUGAGAUGCCAGAUACCUCGGACGACUCCGAAGCAGACGACAUCAUGUAUCAUAACGAAAUCCGAGAGGCUCGACGUCAUCAUCGACUAGUACGAAUGGGCUUGAGAAGCCGGGGUACACGAACAAUGAGUGAGAGAAGCGAUAGCGACAUUGAAGAUCUCCGAGACAGCCUCUUUUUUGACCAAAGCGGGUCAAAGGCACGCCGACUGAGAAGGAGGAUUGGAGACCGACCGAGUCUCCUAUUCCAGGAUCCAUCGCCCAGAAUUGAUGAGAUGGAGAAACUUCUUCUAGGGGACCCGGAGGACAGUUCACUGCCGAAAGAACUAUCGUAUUUGGAACUCCUUACUAUCGAAGAGGACUCACACAGCACGUCAAGUUUCGACAUUUCGAGUAUGCCUUCGGAUCUUCGUCAGAGCGCCGAGGCAAGCACAAGUAUUCCCGAAGAUAAUGACAGAUCCCAACCCAUUUCCAUGCUUGUGACGGAACCAGGACUGCCUCUGAUGAACGAAAUCAAAGAGAAUGCGAAACUCGCAGAAGACGAAGAAGAAACCCGCAGCGACAGUAUUUUUUGUGUAGAUGAGACAAUGUCUGUCCAGUCUUAUGACGAUUCGAUAUUUGACUCUGGGUCGAUCGGUAGUUCCAUGUCGUCUGUUUACAGCGACACACAAGCUCUGGUCGGGGAAUAUGUGGACUUCCUUGUCGGGGAUCGAGGGCUUGAGAAGCUAUUCAUAAGAUCUAUGUCGCCGACAGUACUCGAUCCGGAGCGAUUCAGGCGGAAUUACAACAAAAUCCUCCAAAGUUUCGCGAGAGAUCUCAAGCGACGACCGAUAUCAGAAAACGAUACAAAAGCGCGACUUUAUACUCAGGGACUGUCAUUCAUUUCUCGCCGAUCCAUUACGAUGAAGGUAUCCAGCCUUAUUGCAUCCAGGUACAUAGAAAAGGCGCCGCGGACGCAAAUAAGCUCAGGCAGUAUUAACGAUGGUGGCCCCGGAAUGUCAACCGAGAGACUCGAUCAGCAGGUUGAGUCUGAAGACGAGCCAUCCUCUUGUGACUAUUCCCCCGAGGACGACCCACAUCAUAUCUUCAUGAUUAGUGAACUGGCAUCAUACUUUCGGGAAGGUCAACCAUACCAGCGCAUGAAGCGGAACCUUCGAAGUCUCGUCAUCCCCAGCGCAUUAUUGAGCCGUAGUUCAAAGUUCAUCGACCGUGACACAGUCAAAAUCACCAUUCGAGACAACACGCGGUUCCAAACACCACAGACAUACAAAGAGCGCGUGAAGCGCUCGAAAUUAACCCUGUGCCGAGCCGAGGAAGACAGCAACAGCCGAAACGGCCCUCGGGUCGGCCUUGGAUCCAUCAAUAAAUUUGGAUCCGCGUUAAUCAAUGCGAUUGUUAUAGCUCCUAUGGUGCUACUAGUGCAUGUGCUGCGCAACGAACGGAUAUGUGAGCUCAAUGAAGAAUUCGUUGAGCCUAUCGUUGAAGCUGACAUAGCUACAACCUCUGAAGGACCACCAGAACAAGGUGAUGACGCUUUCCGAUAUUUUGCGCCCAAAUGGAGCAUCGGAAAUCUCAAAGACGGAGAGGACAUCAGACAGAAGCUUCAGUCUCACCUUUGGCACCCUUACCGACAAUACCUCUCAUCGUCGUCUGAAGAGGUCUUGGAGACCAUCAUAGACGACAUCCUGCCAAAUAUUGUCGAUGCCGACAUUGACACCAACUGGCCAUUCGUCGCUUCCAGCAAAAUAUUCAAGCAGUUUUUCAAUGCUCUUCGAGAUGCAGCCGUCCCGACCUUCUUUUCCGAAUCCAUGAAACUCGUCAACCAGGGCCUGAUGGACGAUGAUGAAGACCCAAACGUGACAGCCAACAAACCCAGCUUGCUUCGUACCCUGGAUGAGCUGCAGUGGUGUUUCACGCAAACAGGAGUGGCUCCCACCAUUCAUAUUUCUAGUUCAGAACGCAGUCUGAAAGACUUUCGUGUCUCGAACUUGGUCAAGCUCGUCGUGGAAGCGAGUUCGCGGUCGGAAUGGCAGUGGUGGCCUCUGCAACCACCGACAGCGAGGAAAAGAGCUGUGGGCAUGGAGUCCCGUAUAUCAUGGAUAUGUGACUGUGGCACAGAAAGAGAAGAGACUGUUCCAUCCAUCUACGCCUCCAAGUUAAGCCAUCUGGCUUCGCAUUAUCCGCUCAGCAAUGAGCCUCCACAAAGGCCACCCAGCUCCCUGAGCAACAGCAGCUCCCAGGCUACGGGAAGCACUAGUGGAUCCGAAGGACAGUCCACGUAUUCUGGUGAUUCCUCUUCUUCCGGCAGCUCAAGUCUGCGUAGUGGCACUGCUGCGACGUCUCCAAGCUCAUCUGCUGUCUCUCUUGGUUCACCAAGGAAGGCGUUUGUGUUCCUGGUGGUGAAGGCUGGCAAGUACACUCUGGCGCCGAUCGAUGUGACAGAGAAGAAGGCUCGCGACUUCUUCCAGGCUAUUAUUGAGAAGUAUAAUCACAAACGCAGAUGGCGGCGGCUGUUCUCGAUAUAUGUAUAUAGCCACUGCGACUUUGUCAAGAUCAGGCGAUACGCCCCACAGAGCUUUGACCCGGGAUUCAGAUUCUCGUUUCCUCCACAUGACGAAGCGCCGCAUGACAAAGAGUAUACCUAUUACCCUCGGCCGAUGCCGCACGCGCCCGUCUCGAGACACAUGUUCAAUCACCUAUUCCACGCUUGCUACGGCGAAGAAAGUCUUACUCACAAGCUCCACUAUGCCUUUGUGGCACGUUCCUGCGUUAUUAAGACCAUACCGGGCAAGCUGCUCGACGGGAUGCCAAAGCGAGACCGGCUGGUCGACGAGGAGGCCGAGUUCAGCGAGGACCAAGACGUUGAGGUCUUUUGGGGGCUUGUAGCGCGUGAACAGAGAUCCGCCUUCAGGGUGAUUGUGUACAUUUUACUUAGCUUUACGCCCUCGUUGUGGUUCGUGUUCCAGUGGCUGUUUGGGUGGGGUCAUGGUGGGGAUCUGCAGGAUGCCACAGUGCCGUUGAUGUUCAGUACGACGAUGCUAGGCAUUUUGUGGGCUGUUGUGUACUCUGGCAGUGAUAUGAGGGAGCUGGAACAGCCGCUUUAA